AUGCAGUUCUCCGUUCUUGCUACAGUUGUUGCCGCUGCCGUCUUCUCUUCGGUAGCCCAGGGCUGCACUCCCGGAAAACAGCAAUGUGCCAGUGUCAACGACCAGCAUGGCAACCAUCUGUGUAGUAGUUGUGCCAUUGCCAUCGGUGACGCGGGUGGACGCUGCAUUACCAAUAACUACUGCCAGCAGAGGGACAACUCUUGCACGACUAUCAAUGGCUCUCCUUACUGUGUCUAA